GAACCGGCCUGUCUCUCGCGUGGAAGGAAAGGGGGAGGGAGGGAAGCUCCUCCGCCCGUGGCUCCCUUUUUUGACCUCUUUGCCAGGGAAGAAGGACCUCUAGGCUCCUCUCCAAGGGAUCAGCCUCCCAUCUGCAUCUCUAUUCCUAUUCCCCUCCACCCCGGCCUUGCUUUGCUCUUCUUCCCAGCCGGAGAGACCUCUUAUUUAUUCCGGCAGAAUGAUCGCUGCCCAGCUUUUGGCCUAUUACUUCACCGAAUUAAAGGAUGAUCAGGUCAAGAAGAUUGAUAAAUAUCUGUACUCCAUGCGACUCUCUGAUGAAACUCUGCUGGAUAUUAUGGGACGCUUCAGGAGAGAGAUGAAGAAUGGACUAUCCAGGGAUUUUAAUCCAACAGCCACUGUAAAGAUGCUUCCUACAUUUGUAAGGUCUAUUCCUGAUGGCUCAGAGAAAGGAGAUUUCAUUGCGCUGGAUCUGGGUGGAUCUUUUUUUCGUAUUUUGCGAGUGAAAGUCUCUCAUGAGAAAAAGCAAACAGUGCAAAUGGAAACUGAGAUUUAUAACACUCCAGAAGAUAUUAUGCAUGGCAGUGGAACAAGGCUUUUUGAUCAUGUUGCUGAAUGUUUAGGAGACUUCAUGGAAAAACAAGAAAUCAAGGACAAGAAGCUACCUGUUGGUUUCACAUUUUCUUUCCCUUGUAGGCAAUCCAAGCUAGAUGAGGGUAUCCUGAUCACCUGGACAAAGCGUUUCAAAGCAAGUGGCGUCGAGGGAGCCGAUGUAGUGAAGUUACUAAACAAAGCAAUCAAGAAACGAGGAGACUAUGAUGCAGACAUCAUGGCUGUUGUCAAUGAUACUGUAGGAACAAUGAUGACCUGUGGAUUUGACGACCAGCGUUGUGAAGUUGGAUUGAUCAUUGGUACUGGCACAAACGCCUGUUACAUGGAGGAAAUGAGGCACAUUGAUCUGGUGGAAGGUGAUGAAGGGCGGAUGUGCAUCAAUACUGAGUGGGGAGCAUUUGGAGAUGAUGGCUUAUUAGAAGACAUUCGGACUGAAUUUGACAGAGAGAUUGACCGGGGCUCCCUUAAUCCUGGGAAACAACUGUUUGAGAAGAUGGUGAGUGGCAUGUACAUGGGUGAACUUGUCAGGCUUAUCCUUGUAAAAAUGGCCAAAGAAGGUCUAAUUUUUGAAGGGCGAAUCACUCCAGAACUUCUCACCAAAGGAAAGUUAGAAACAAAACAUGUUUCUGCCAUGGAGAAGAGCAAAGAAGGGCUACAGAAGGCCAAAGAGAUACUGACCCGUCUAGGGGUUGAGCCCUCCCAUGAGGACUGCAUUGCCGUCCACCACGUCUGUACAAUUGUUUCAUUCCGCUCAGCAAAUCUGGUGGCGGCGACUCUGGGGGCAAUCCUGAACCAGCUGCGAGAUAAUAAGGGAGUUGGCCGUCUGCGGACCACUGUGGGGGUCGAUGGCUCCCUUUACAAGAUGCAUCCACAGUAUGCCAGGCGGCUGCACAAAACUGUGCGGCGCUUAGUGCCUGACUCAGACGUUCGUUUCUUGCUUUCUGAGAGCGGCAGUGGAAAGGGUGCUGCGAUGGUGACAGCGGUUGCCUACAGGUUGGCUGAGCAGCACCGACAGAUCGGUGAGACCCUGGAAGAGUUUAAGCUCACUCACGAACAGCUCCUGCAGGUGAAGAAGAGGAUGCGAAUGGAAAUCGAAGCUGGCCUCCGAAAGAAGUCACACGACCAUGCCAAAGUCAAAAUGCUUCCUACCUUUGUUCGCAGCACACCUGAUGGGUCAGAAAAUGGAGACUUUUUGGCUUUAGAUCUUGGAGGAACAAAUUUCCGUGUUUUGCUUGUGAAGAUUCGAAGUGGGAAAAGGAGAAUGGUAGAAAUGCACAAUAAAAUAUAUGCCAUUCCUAUAGAGGUCAUGCAGGGUACCGGAGAUGAGCUGUUUGAUCACAUUGUUACCUGUAUCUCGGACUUCUUGGAUUACAUGGGAAUAAAAGGUGCACGGCUGCCUUUGGGCUUUACGUUUUCUUUCCCUUGCAGACAGACAAGCUUAGAUGCUGGUAUUCUUCUGAACUGGACCAAGGGCUUUAAGGCUACUGACUGUGAAGGGGAAGAUGUUGUUUAUUUGCUAAGGGAAGGAAUCAAAAGAAGAGAGGAAUUUGAUCUGGAUGUUGUGGCCGUGGUAAAUGAUACAGUUGGGACAAUGAUGACUUGUGCCUAUGAAGAUCCAAACUGUGAAAUUGGACUCAUUGUGGGAACGGGCAGCAAUGCAUGCUAUAUGGAGGAAAUGAGAAACAUAGAGAUGGUAGAAGGAGAGCAAGGGAGAAUGUGCGUGAACAUGGAAUGGGGUGCCUUUGGGGACAAUGGAUGCCUUGAUGACAUCAGGACGAUUUAUGACAAAGCUGUCGACGAAUACUCUUUAAACAGUGGCAAGCAAAGGUAUGAGAAGAUGAUCAGUGGAAUGUACUUGGGAGAAAUUGUCCGGAACAUUUUGAUCGACUUCACAAAAAAGGGAUUUCUCUUCAGAGGUCAAAUUUCAGAAGCACUGAAAACUAGGAGUAUUUUCGAAACAAAAUUUCUUUCACAGAUUGAGAGUGAUCGGUUAGCGUUGCUUCAGGUUCGUGCGAUCCUCCAGCAGCUUGGUCUGAACAGCACUUGUGAUGACAGUAUCAUUGUCAAGACGGUGUGUGGAGCCGUGUCAAAAAGGGCAGCUCAGCUGUGUGGAGCUGGGAUGGCUGCUGUCGUAGACAAAAUAAGGGAGAACAGAGGACUUGACCAUCUGGAUGUCACUGUAGGCGUGGAUGGUACUCUGUAUAAACUUCACCCCCAUUUCUCAAAGGUCAUGCACCAAACAGUAAAGGAUCUGGCUCCCAAAUGCAAUGUGACAUUCCUUCUUUCUGAAGACGGCAGCGGCAAAGGGGCUGCUCUCAUCACGGCUGUGGGAUGCAGACUCCGAGAAGCUGAGCAUAACUGAAUUUUGCGGCAUCGGCGUCUUUUGCCUUCUGAGCACUUUCUUGUAAAGCAGCAGUCCUGCAGUCUGAACUGGUGGGGGAAGCCCAGAAUUCAGCUGCUUUUAUGGAAGAGUUGGGAGUUAAAAAUAAAUAAAAAUAGGAUACUGAAUAGAGUGUGCUGUUGCUAAUAAUGUCCCCACCGUUGAAUCCCUGUCUGCAUGUGUCUUUUUCUUCCCUAUUUGGUACAUUCCCCAUGUGUAGAUCAUUAAAAAAUGUUCUGUGGUUUAAACAGAAGUCCAAAAGGAGCUUAUUUUUUCAUGAUUAGAAUUUCAGGUCACAAUGAAGAGUAGGCGGUACUCUAUGUCAAGUGUAUUCUUUCCAGCUGCUACUAUAUCCAUAUUAAAUAAACACACCACCAACAAUGCUGAGUAUGAGAUAAAUGCUUUUGCAAACGAGAACAGCAGUUCGCUUCUGAGUUUUUAGACUCACACUGAUUCAGUUCCUCCCCACCACCAACUCUCACUGCCAUGAAGCAGAACAGUGUCUUUGUGUAAUUCUCUGUAGUCAGGUUUCCUUGAAUAACCUGAAUGGUCACUUCUGUGCAUGUUCAAUCACGGGGAAAAGAAACAAAUGACCAUGUGUCCUGUACCAUUGGCAUUUCACAUUGCUUUGGUGAAUGAGGCCAUAUUUCCAAAUAAAAAAUGCUAUUAUUUUGUAGUAUUUUUUUAAGAAAACAAGCUUUCUGCAUCAAAUUAAAUGAGUGCUUGACCAAGGAUAAUCCAUAUCUCUAGUCAUGAGAAAUUGAUAGAUUGAUAUGUUCCAUGCUUGGUUUUGGUAUGUACCAAUUCUAGAAAACAAUGGUUGCCUUUAAAGUUAAAGGGAUUUCUGAUGUUCCUUCUUGAUCUUCUGUAUCUCCUUGAGAGCCGAUUCCUGAAUAAAAUUCUAAGAUCUUGGAUAGUAUUUGAAGUAGUGGAAAUAUCAUUCGAUGUGAUGGCAGUUGUCUACAAACAGGAUAUUGGAUUCCUCUUGGUUUUAUAUUUGGAAAAAUUGCAUCAGUGCAGGGCCAAUGGCAGGACCCAGUAUGUUCUGAAUUCUUCAGCUCCCUGGUACCUCUGCUCAGUCUUCUUGCCAGCUUAGCCUAUUGGAUAUAGGUUUAUGGUAGCAGUGGAUGGGAAGCCUUCUGCAAUUUUUAUUUCACCAUAGGGUCCAAAAUAACAUCCCUGGACCAAGAGUGAGAAACCUGUUAUUGGACUUCAACAGAUGUUGGGUUGACCAGAGAUGAAGUCCAACAACAUCUGGGGGCACAUGUUCACCUAUGCUCUAGAAAAUUUGGGGGAAAUGAAAAUGAAAAGAACAAAUGGCUGGUUAAGAGAAUAAAUUGAACCACAUGCAUGAGUCUGGGUCUACUUGUGGGUGCUUUACGGUGGUGAUGGGGCUUCCAAGAUACAGCAGUGAUUAAUACUUGUGCUAUGGUUUCAUGUAGCAGAAUUCACACAGUUGCUGAGUAAAAGUCUUUGCCUUAGUAUGAGUCUACAGCCAAAUCAUCUUGUGUAUGAAAAUGUAAUCCAUUCAACCUUCCAUUAACAUUGGUAUCGAUUAUAUUAAAAUCACAGUUGGAUACAUCUAUGAUAUUUUGGAAAUGUAUGUUUCUUGGCAAGUUUUAAAACCGAAUUUAACUCGGAAGCAGACUACUUGAAUACAGAAAUAGUGCCAUUUAACAUGGAUAUCUGUCUAGUCUUUACUUCCAUCAACCAUAGGUUUGGUUGAGUCUGGGCAGGGUGCUUGGGAAACUAUUGCUAGCGUGUUGCACCAAAGAAAUCAAUGUGUAAAAUGCAGAAAAUCUCACUCAUUUUUUUCUUGUCUGAAAUUAUAUAAAUGUCAAAUAAGUAAGUUAGUAUUUUGAGAAGAGCCAACAGCCUGCAAUCAGUCUUAGAAACAGUAGCCCACAGUCACAGUCCCUCUCUUCAAUUUAUGACUUGACAAGAUCUCACCAAGAAUUGGCCAGGGCGUUAGAGUAGGAUUGCAACCUAUUUUCCCGCUCUGAACCUUAAGAUUUGGAUUGUCUUAGCUUCUAACAAACAUUUUCAGUAUGCAUUAUGGUGCACUGUGAACAAAUGUGUGGUAACAUGACUCACAAACAAUAACCUGAGCUUUAAAUGUGUGUGUGCGUAUGUGUGCGUGUGCAUACAUGUGAAGAGUUGCAUGGUUACCUGGUUUUGCUAUGCUAGAGCCUUUUUACCUUGCCCACUGGUAGCAAUGAUGCUGAUUCAAAGUGGAUUUUUGUGACACUAUUAAACUGUUUUUCAAUGUG